AUGGUGAGGCUGCGACUUGAGAGCAGAGCACAGAGCGAGAAAAAACGCAGGAUGAGGUUCCUUGGCCUUGUGAGCCUGGUUGCUCUGAUCUUCCUGUUAAGCUUCAGGUCUUUGCUUCACCAGCAAGUGCUUGUUGUUUUUUUUCCUUCCGUGCAAGGAGAAGGUGCUGCGACUGCGAGCCAUGACGACGGCAGGAGGCAGCACGCCAAGGAGUGGGCCGACGAGAGGAAGAGGAUGAGGUGGUUCAUGACCAAGGACUACGGCCAUCCGAGGCGCCACACACCGAGGCACAACCGGCUGCUGUAG